UACAGGAUAAACCAAACCAUCAUGGAGUGGACGUUACCUUCCUCGGGCGUCCUGGUGGUAACUCUGCUGCAGUUGCUGGCACUUCCCUGCCCUGGCGUUCCUUCCGUCAUUAAACCGGCCAUACAGGUAUCGCCAGGAGGUGCGGCCUCGGGAGGUAGCCGCCCGCUGAUUAAAAUCGUCGCUGACAAGAGACGAGAGUUCGAGCGAGGCUCCAGCGGCAACAUCAAUGAUUAUUUCCAGUUCGACGACGUGUUCGACCAGAGCGGCGGCGGCGGCGGGUUUGGUGGUGGUUUAAACUUCGGGUUUAACCAAGGAGGUGUAGGUGGUGGUGGCGGCCAGUUGGUAACCCAGCAUAAUACAGUUACUCUUACACAAACCAGCUUCAAGCAGGUUGAGGUAACGAAAACUGUGACGGACACGAGUAUUAGUUACAUAACUCACCGCAGCACUGAAUAUAUCACUUACACUACUCCACUACCGUUAUACAACACAGAGUUUGAGACAGAGUACAGGACUCAUUACUUGACGGAAACUGAGUUCCAAGAUGUACCUGUGUACACUACCAUCAUCCAGACACAGUAUCAGACGGAGUACCAGACAGAUACCUCCAUUCUGGAGGUUCCUGUCUACAGCACCUUGAUCUCUACCGUCUAUCAUACCAAAUACCGCACAGAGUUCUUCACUGACACUGAAACGCAGCAGUUGCCGAUAUAUUCGACUUACGUCUCUACGCUGACGGAAACAACGCAUUUGCCAACGUACCUAACGGAGACGCACUUCGAUACAGAGUACGUCACCUCAACAACGGUGGUUACGUCGACAUCAAUCGACUAUAUUACAGUAACGACACAUCUCACGACGACGGCAUAUGAGGAUGUGUAUGUGACACAGACGCAGGAGGUACCUACGUACAUCACUAGCACCGACUACCGCCAGGUGAUCAUCACUCAAACUGAGACACAACCUCACUACAUCACCACCACGGAGCUGAAGGAGGUGGUAGUAACACAAACAACAACUGUACCUCUAUACCUCACUACCACAGCUAUCUCAGAAGUUCACUUCACCACAACGGUGCCCAUUAAUAAUUACCUAACAACUUCUGUACCAGCUUUCGUGGUGAGCACCGUUGACAGGUACCUCACCACCACAGUGCCUUAUUAUGUCACCAAAAGUGCCGCAGGUCACCGUAACUUGCACUCAAACCAAUAUUACACCUACUUCGCAUAAUACUGCCAUGUGCAUCAAUAAUCUUUCGAC